UGUUUGCUCAGAUCUUUGGGACAGCAGACCCUUUUGGUUUGCCGGUGGAGAGUGACUACAUGCCUAUGCCUGCUUUCCCGGUCUUUAAGACCCCGACGACUAUGGACCAAGCGUCAGAGACUUCUGCCGCUGCAGCCAGUUAUGGCAUCCCGAAGUUCGCCAAGCAUGUGAAGGCCUUGUGUGACACUGAUUACAAGCAAGCCCUGGAUUUGAAGUGGGUGCGAGCCCUAGCCUGUUGGCUCACCAUACUUGAAAGCAGCAGGUUUGAAUCCAAUGUAGGAAAGUAUGCUAAACUUUCAGACCAAGACCGUGAAGGUGCGCUGACCUACAUCCGAGAUGCAUGUGGGGUUAGGUCCCCAAGCACUGUGUUGAAGAGGGCCCGCGACUUGCAGCAGUUUAUCAACUGGUGCACAAGCAAGGACAAGCAGUGGUGGCCGAUCGCUGAGAAGGACCUCAAAAACAAGAGCAAGUUCAUUGGGAAGAACUUAGUACACGCCAUUAAGUUUUUUAAGUUUGUCAUGGGAGGCAACAUUGAACUAGAGGAGACGCUGGGACCAAUGCUUCAAGGUAGAGUGAUGAGGAUCCUUGCAACACGGGAACCUACUCAACAAGCUCGAGCGCUAACUGUGCAGGAAGUGCUACAACUAGAAGCGAUGGUGCAUACAUCACGCUGCCUCUUGGACAAGUACUUAGCUGGUUGCUUGCUCUUUGCUUUGUUCUCUAGAGCAAGGUGGUCCGACCUCUCUUCUAUGCAGAGCUUUGGAUUCGACGUCAUGGAGGCGGACAGCGGCCCAUUUGGCUUCGUUGAAGGCAGAACAAGGAUUCACAAGACCUCGAAUACGGCAGAGAAGAAGGCGCUGUAUCUCCCUUUUGUCGCCCCGAUAGAAGGUGUGGGCGAGAAACCGUGGGCACUGGCAUGGAGAUCAGUCCUGGAGGAACUAGACAUGCUCCGUGACCCUGAGCCCUAUGGAGCCGUGUGCCAGGCCCCUACAUCUGAGGGCGGCUUCACCAAGCGGCCGCUGACGUCUGCUGAGGCUUCAUCGAUGCUCAACGACUUCCUGGGCGUCGUCGACACCAAAGAGGCAACAAGCUCCCACAGCUUCAAGGCUACCACGCUGGUGUGGUGUGCCAGGUAUGAGAUCGAUGACACCAGCCGUGCAAGGCUGGGACAUCAUGCAAUCAAAGACAAGUCCCUUGCCUGCUACUCACGGGACCUCUUGUCACGGCCACUACGUGACUUGUGUGGGAUGCUCCUGAACAUCCGUCGGGGUGAUUGCAACCCAGAUGGAACGAGGUCGGGCUACAUGGCUGGGGAAGCGCCCCACUCACCGGUCAGCGUGGUCCCGAGUCCGAGCCUAGCAGAAGAGUUUCAAGAAGCAGCACCGGCAAAGGAAGCCGAUCCCUCUGCGAGCCGUGCCUUCGAUCCUUCGAACCCUUUUCACGAGGGGGAGCAUGCAGAAGCUUGCUUCGAGGUCUUCGAGGCAGGCCAGGUUGUUUACUCAGAGGAGUUGCUGGAGAGCGCUAGCUCAGACUCUGAGGAGAGUGACUGCGCCACCGAGACAAACGAAGAGGUUUUCCACAAGAAGUUUGAUAGCGCCAUCAACAGUGGAGGCUUGAGGGCCGGCUGA